GCUAAAAAAAGAAUCUGGGUUAGUAAACAAAAAAUAUCAAAGCAGUGCAAAUAUUGUUAUCAGUGUUUUCAACAAUCUUACGAGAACAAAUGACGGGGGCGCCUCGUGAACGCUGGGGCAGCCAGAUCGAGUAUUUGUUAUCAUGUUUAGGGUACGCGGUUGGCAUUGGGAACGUCUGGAGAUUUCCUUAUCUAUGCUAUAGGAAUGGUGGAGGCGCAUUCCUCGUGCCAUAUUUCCUCACCCUGUUCGUUUGCGGGAUUCCGCUGGUUUACCUGGAAACGACACUCGGACAGUUCGCCAGUGCAGGAUGCAUUUCCGUAUUCAACAUGAACCCUUUGCUCAAAGGGGCCGGAUAUGCUGUUGUAGUUCUAAACGUGAUAGCCAUAGUUUAUUUCUCCACCAUUCUGGCAUACCCGAUCCUGUUCAUCUACCAUUCGUUCACCUCGCCGCUGCCGUGGCAGCACUGCGGGAAUCCCUGGAACACUGACAAAUGUGUUGAGAUAACGAGUAAUUCGAGCAUAUUUACCAGCAAUGGAUCUUUUACAACUCCUGAAGACGAAUUCUAUCACAUACGUUUGUUGCGAAUGUCGUCAGGCAUACACGAAAUCGGCGGCAUGGUGUGGCCUGUCUUCUGGUGCAACUUGAUAGGCUACGUGCUCGUAUACCUGUCCAUCUGCAACGGUGUCAAAAGUGUUGGUAAGAUCGUGUACUUCACAGUGGUAUUCCCCUACGUGGUAUUAUGCGUAUUGUUCAUUCGCGGCAUUACGCUGCCUGGCGCUUGGCAGGGCAUUAUUUUCUACGUGUGGCCUGACUGGCAGAAACUGGCGAAUUCAAAGGUUUGGGCAGACGCCGCUAUGCAACUGUUCUAUUCGCUUGGACCUGGUUGGGGAGGAUUAGUCAGUAUGGCGAGUUUCAAUCAAUUUCAUUACAAAAAUUUAAGAUCAUCUAUAUUAAUUCCCCUAAUCAACAGUGGAACCAGUAUCUGGGCAGGUUUCGUAGUGUUCUCCGUGCUAGGGUUCGCCGCAGAACGGGCAGGGGUCCCCAUAGACAAAGUGGCUACUGCGGGUCCGGGGCUCGCGUUUGUCACAUACCCUGCCGCUGUGUCCAUGAUGCCCGCAUCCAACUUCUGGGCCCUCACAUUCUUUGUAAUGCUGUUCCUCUUGGGCAUCGAUACUAUGUUCGUGACAAUAGAAGCCAUAAUCGCUGGCUUUAUGGACGAGUUUUCGAAAUUACGGGCUUAUAAACGAUUGAUAACAUUACUAACGUGUGUUGUGCUCUUCCUUUCGGGCAUCAUUUGUAAUACAGAGGGAGGCCUCCACGUCAUUGGCCUCCUAGAUGCACACGUGGCCAUCGCCGCCGCACCGGUGGUGUGCCUGAUGGAGCUCAUAGCCGCGGUGUACACGUACGGCGCCUCAAACCUGAGUCUGGAUGUACGCUUCAUGACAGGGCGACCGCUGAGACCGUUCUGGCUUUUUGUGUGGCGUUAUAUAGUGCCACCUUUCUUAUUGGUAAUCAUCGUGUAUGGGAUGCGAGACACUACAGGCGUUGCGGGGUUGUGUAUCGCCUUGUGCUCCGUCCUGUGCAUACCGUUAUACGCCAUCAGGGUCCUGUAUCUAUCCAGAGGUCCUCUGAUGCAGCGAAUCCGUAAAAAUUGCCACCCGAGUAAGGAAUGGGGUCCUGUAGACCCAGAUUUGCGACUAAGCUGGCUCGCGGCGCGGAAGCAUGAGCGGACCAAGCGGCAAGCCAUCGGCGCGAUCGAGUGUUUCGGGCAUGAGCAGGCCGUGUGACAAAGUCAAUUAAACUGUGUACAUUUAUA